AUGACGAUGCUUAUGUUAAAUCAACAGGGUUGGUACUUAUACGAGUUACAUUGGUAUCGUCAAUUCAAAAUAGAAUUAUACUGGAUUUCUGCUGAGAAUUAUUGUCGGACAUUCGGUGGCAACCUUGUUAGCAUUAUGAAUAAACGAGAAAAUGAUUUUGUCGACAAAAUUCGCGAAAAAAAUAAUAUUUGGAUUGGACUGAACAAGUUCAAUGAUACAUUUGGUGUAUAUAAAUGGAGUGAUGGUAGUCAAGCAACUUAUUUAAAUUGGGAUUCAACGCAGCCAAAUGAGCCAAAUGUUCACUGUGUUUAUAUGAAAUUUAAUGAACAUCAAGCAACAUGGUUUGAUUAUUCAUGUCACACACGAUCACCGAUGUCUUUUGUAUGUAAAUUAAAGGCCUUCUGA